GGAUCGUCGACGUUACGCUUCCUCCUAGCUCCCACUGACGAUUCGAAUCUGCAGCGAAUAUGGCGACGAUGGACGGCGACACGAAGCUCGAUAUGUACGACGACGUCACGUACGCGGUGGACGCUCAGCACGUUGAGGGUGAGAUGACAGUGGGUUCGAAGCAGCAGCGGCCAACUUUGGGAGAACCGGAAUUCAACACGUUAGACGAGCCCAUCAAAGAUACAAUUUUGAGGGACGUCCGAGCGGUAGGCAAGAAGUUUUUCCAUGUUUUAUAUCCUAAAGAGAAGAAAAGUCUACUGAAAGAAUGGGAUCUAUGGGGACCAUUAAUAUUGUGUACUUUUAUGGCGAUGAUAUUGCAAGGUUCCACUGAUGCAGCGGAUAACUCGAACGAUGGAGGACCUGAAUUUGCAGAAGUGUUUGUCAUCGUGUGGAUUGGAUCUAUGGUUGUUACGUUGAAUUCGAAACUGUUGGGUGGAAAUAUAUCUUUCUUCCAAAGCGUUUGCGUCCUAGGGUAUUGCCUAUUACCGACUGCCAUCGCGUUAAUUCUAUGCAGAAUUAUACUGAUAGUACAGCAAAGCACUUUCCUAUUUACCCUUAGAUUUGUGAUCAGCAUGAUUGGAUUUUUGUGGGCAACAUAUGCGUCUAUGGCAUUCCUGGGCGACAGUCAACCCGCAGGGAGGAAAGCAUUAGCAGUAUAUCCAAUUUUUCUGUUUUACUUCGUCAUAUCAUGGCUAGUUAUAUCCCACACCACAUAAAAUGCAGCACAAAAAUUAAUCUGUUACAAGACUGCGCAUUGCUCCGACCUUCCGUGUCAAGUUUCGGAGGACGAUGGAAAAAAAACCGGGAGGAGAUGCAAUGCUUUUUCGUACAUGGUAUUUUCCAAGUCCUGCAUUUGGACAUAUUCCAAUAUCGUGCUUUUGUGAAUAAUACACAAGUAUGGUAGGCAAAUAUUUAUGAUCUUAGAUUCUCAUUCGAUACGUCAAUUAUGAGACUUGUAAUUAUAUUUAAUCUCACUGUGAAUGCACAUUACGAUUGAGACAAAUAUCUUGUCGAUAUAUAAUAAUAUAAAACUAUAUUCUUUCUGCAUGAAUGUGAAAAAUUGAUCAGAUUGGUAUAUAUUUGUACAGAUAUGAAAAAAAAUGAUGUAGUACGAGCGAUAAUUACUUGUAAUUAAUUCUAGACUGUUGAAUCUGGAUAUUUCCUGUACUUCCAUAAAUUUUAACGAUUUUUUUUACCAGAUUCCGAUUUUAAUUAUAAUUUAAUUAAAUUCAGACAGUGCAGAAGUUCGAUGUAUAAUUUAUAUCUUUUUGUAUAUUAUGUACAUAGAAUUACGUUUAAACCAUAUGUUACAAUAAAAUAAUACAGCAUA